UGCAACACCUGCGGAAAAUCGUUUAGAAAAUCAUCAACAUUCAACAAGCAUAAAAUGAUCCACAUGGGUGAGAAGCUCUACGUCUGCAAAACAUGUGGAAAAUGUUACAGGCAAAAUUCCAGCCUGGUGGUUCACUCGAGAAUCCACACUGGUGAAAAGCCGUACCUGUGCAACACCUGCAGCAAAACCUUUACUAAUUUAUCAGCUCUUAAGCGCCACAUGACCACGCACACGGGCGAAAAGCCCUACAUCUGCAAAACAUGUGGAAAAGGUUACACAAAACGUUCCAACCUGGUGAUUCACUCGAGGACCCACACUGGCGAAAGGCCGCACCUGUGCAACACCUGCGGAAAAACCUUUACUCAAUCAUCAAUUCUUAAACGCCACAUGACCACGCACACGGGCGAGAAGCCCUACAUCUGCAAAACAUGUGGAAAGAGUUACAUGCAACUUUCCACCUUGGUGGUUCACUCGAGGAUCCACAACGGUGAAAGGCCGUACCUGUGCAACACCUGCAACAAAACCUUUACUAAUUCAUCACAUCUUAAACGCCACAUAACUACACACUCGGGCGAGAAGCCCUACAUCUGCAAAACAUGUGGAAAAGGUUUCACGCAACGUUCCUGCCUGGUGAUUCACUCGAGGAUCCACACCGGUGAAAGGCCGUACCUGUGCAACACCUGCAGCAAAACCUUUACUACAUUAUCGGAUCUUAAACGCCACAUAGACACGCACACGGGUGAGAAGCGAUAUUUGUGCGAGAUGUGCAACAAAGGUUUUAGCCGCAAAAGUAUAUUGCUGAAUCACAUGAAAAAUCACCCGGAGGAGAAGUCUGGUGACUCGUGA